GUAUUACAAAAAACUUCAUCAAGUCACUCUUCUCACUCCAGUGGCAAGUCUGUGUCCAGUACAAAAGUGAUCUGUACACCGUUGAAAACAGUUACACAAUCAAAUCACCACUCAAAAUCAUCACCACUCAAAGUUGUUCAACAAGGUUCUUUAACUCCUUUGCCAGAAGCGCAAAACUCAAUAACUCUUCAGGUGUCCACCAAUCUGAGCCCAUCAUCACAAGAGCAACAAACAAUACAGAAUAGCGUGACGCUGGCUUCCAAUACGACUAGCACGACGACUAUUUCCGGCUCGUCUGGUACGAAGAUCUACGUUCAACAGAAUAACUCGCCAAUGAGAUCCGUAAUUACUUUUGAAAAUGGCACAGUGAAAACAAAGAUUGCUGAGAAGGAAAUCAUUGACUGCAAAGAGAAACAGGAAAAAGAAUUGGUUACGGAAAAGACUUAUAAAACUCGAGUAAGUAACGAGAAGCUCUUCAAAUCGAAGUUAGAUGAAGAAAAAUUGAAUAAAUCAAUCAAAGUUGAGCGUCCGUCAACGCUUUAUGCAACAAAAGAAACAAAAACAAAUACUUUGUUAUCAGAAUCUGAUAAAGAAAAUAAACCGAAAAUUGAAGAGGAAGUGCCUAACAAAAUGAAACUAACAAACCGCAUGAACAACAGUCAGGUUCACUUAUUCGACGGGUCUGCCAACAAUGUCGACAAAAAUGCUUUAAUACAUGAGACAGCCGCCGCGUUGUCCAGUACAAAAAACACAAAUGAUGCGAUGAACAACUCGCGCAAACUUAGUCUGUCACUCAGCAAAGAUACAUUAAGCUAUCGCAAUCUAUUGCAUCCCGACUCGAAGAACAACAUAGCUUCAAACCCUCCAUCGCCUACUAAAUCCUACGACUGUUUUAGUGACUCCUUCAACGAUGUCUACAUUGAAAAUCUAGAGACGGUAAAACAGCACCAGGCUCCUCAGGGAUCUGAGCCUAAUUUAGAAAAGAUCAUGAGUCGAGGUUCGGACUUGCACUCUUAUCCUAGUCUCAGCGAUAUGCAAGUGCAAUUUACCAGCUUGGCAGCGCAAAAAAUCCUCAAGGGCUGCCCGAUCAACAGCGUUGACACUCUGGUAGAAGUAAAUAUGGCAGCAACAUCCGAUAAGACUAAUAACUGUGAUGUUACAGUUCAUACCGACUUUGGUCUCGUUUGAAUUCCAUUAUCAAACAAACGCUAUCCGUCGAUUAAAUAAUAAAUGAAGAAGCUGUGAUCCUUUUAUCACAUUUUGACAUGUUUGUGUCCGUAAAAAGUAAUGUGCCUCAAGGCAAACAACAUUCGAAAGUAUAUCGCUACCGCCUUUGAUUUUCGCAUUUUAGAAUAAACAAAUUAUUUUUAUGUAAAAGCUACAGCUUGCAUACAGAAGAUAUAUAUAGAAUAUGCAUAAUAGUUACCAGUGAACUUGUCGCUUCUUCUUUUGUGAAUCUUUUAACAAACGUUCAUACUUAUUCAAAUAUUUUUUACAACAUACAUGUUAUAUUGUUAAGUACUGAAACACCGUUCUAUAAUUUAUAAUUCUAAAGUUAUCACAAAGAAGUGCUAGAUUGUCUUGUACUUUUUGAUAUUUACAAUUAGACUUGGUUCUCUUUACAUUUUAAAACAAUAUAAAUAUAUUCGAAUACUACGCAUAUUAUAAUGUUGUAACAUUUGGCGGUUUUGCAUUGCUUUACUCAAGUUAAAGCGAUUUGUCAAAGCAUCUUAUGUUCAACAAUCAGACGUGCCACAAGCGUCAAAUGAGAAAAGAGAGAUAAGAAGUUAAAAAACAGUGAAAACAAGAACAUUAUUACUUUAAAUACAUAUGUGUAGAUAAUUUUAUUUUAUUUUACAUUUUAUAUUUUUACGGCGACACAACUUUGUAACCUUUACCAAUAAACAGAAAUUAAACAGUACAGUACAA